GCGGCAACUGCCCCGCACAAUUGUCCUUUUUGGCUCUUUCUGCGCGGAAACGCCUUCCGCGCUCGUCUUCCCCAACUGAGUGUUUUCCUCGCCUCCCACUCGGCCGGCUGGUAGAGGCGGGCACAGACAAAGGCACAAACGGCGAAACGGCGUGCGCAUGCACACUCUUUUUCGUGGCUUCUUGCUUUUGCACUCUUUUCGAAACCUCGCAAUCACUCGUCUGAUUUCCUUCCGCGGCAUAAUGCCUGACGUUCCCCUGCAGCGCCUAACGCAACGCACUGCCUUUUUCCCGUCGGAAACUGACAGGUCCAUUUGAACAGAACAGAGACGUUUGCAUCCGCGUAGCGUUUCAUCGCUCUCCGGCGUUUCGCAUUUCCUGCAGCUUCGCAAACCGUUCUGCCGGCUUCCUCGUGACUUGCCUUUGCUGGAACGGCGUUUCAGCCCACACCCCCGUUCCGCUGCUUCUCGGCGCUCCGCCGGGUGUAUGUACACCACACGCUUUCGCUUCGUGUCCAGUGGCCACUGCUGCUCCCAAGGUGGCGUUUCUCCCCCAUUUUCUGCGUUCUUCGCGUUUUUUUCUGAGCAUGCUAAGGAUGGGUGCACCCAGGCGGCUCAGAUAGACAGCGGCGAAAAUGAAAUUCGGGAAGAGCAUCCGUCGGGAGGCGGGGAAGAACUUGCGCGUGCGAUACAUCGACUACAAGGGUUUGAAGAAAAACAUCAAACUCGCUUCUUCGCACCUCGAGAGACAGGACUACCUGCAGUGCGUGGAGUCUCUGCAGGACUUCCAUGUGGGGCUUCAGCAAGAACUGAGACAAGUGCGGUCGACGUACAUUCGUCAACUCGACGAGAUUCAGAAGAAGAAGGAGGUCGUCUGUAAACUUCUGGAGAGUCUGCGGACAGCGUCUCUCGCAGAAGAAGGCCUUCCUCAGCAGGACCAGGCGCGCCUCACGGUCGCAGCCGACGGCGCGCGAGGUCUCGAAGAUGAAGUUCGUGAGCCCCGGCGCCCGUUUCUGGUGCAGCUGCUCUCGCCGAAACUCGGCAGUGCCGUGGCGAAGGUCGACACACUCGAGGCGGCGAUCGAAGUCUUUCGAAAGCGUCUCGCUUCCCCGCGACAGAAAGGGAGGAGCAGCAGAGAGGCACUAACUGGGGUGUUGGGCGAGGCCUUCAGCGCCUGGGGUCACGAAGACAAAGGGGAAUUCGGCGACGAAGACGGCUCCUUGGGAGACGAAAGCGGCGACAAUGGAGACGGGUGCACCGAGGACGAGGCGGAGGCGCGCGAGACUGGCGACGAACUGCGGGAGAGACGGGCGAGGAAGGCCCAGCGACGAGAAGAAGAGCUGCGGUGGAAACUCGAGGGAGACAGAGGCAAAGGGAUACGUCUAGAUCCCGAAAAGGAGAGCGGCGGAGGGAAGCGAGCAGAUGCAGAGGGGGAACGAACAGCAGAGAGAGACACUGCUUCGUGUUUUCAAGGUGGCGACCUCGUCGCGGAAAUCGACGCAAGAGCGACAGAAGAAAACAGAGCGAGAGGGAGAUGCAACGCAGAAGAGAAGAAGAGCGGAGAGGGGACGUGUGAGAAAAGACAACAGAGUCCGAACUGCAGUGCAAAGAAGAGAGAAGCGGAAGUCGACGGCGAGGAAAAGUCGGAGGAGACGCAGGCAGAGAAUGCGGCUGGAGACGCUGAUGAAGCAGAAGGCGAAGUCGAAGAACGCACUGAACACGAAGAAAAAGUUUUCCAGCUAUGCGUGGCUCUCCAAGAAGGGAGCUUUCAAGCCAGACAGCUGCGUCGAUUCGUCAUUUGGAACUCGGUCGCCGUUGUGAAAAUCAUUAAGAAAAAGACGAAGCUGCUGUGUCGAUGUCCGCCGCCGAGAAAGCGGCCUCGUCCUGUGACUUCGUCGCUGCUCUCUCCAGGCUCAGAGCCCCAGGCCUCGCCACCUUCGUCGCUUUCCUUGUCCUCACGCUUGCGCGUGGAUCAACACCCUUGCUUGGGAUGCUGUCUCCUCCGUCUGGCGCAGCAGCACGUCGCCCUGCAGGCCUCCGGGAGGCCGUUCCAGGAGGCGGCUGCAAGGAAGAGGAAAGGGGAGAAGCCAGCGAAGGAGAAGACGGCCGAAAAUGCUGGAGGAACCGCAGAACAUGGCCAGGAGCAGCCCGAGAAGGGAGAAGAGGCAGACGCGAACUGCACAGGACGAGGGAAGCGGCGGCACGAGGAGGGACCUCACCGCGAGGUGGCAGAGAGCAACGGAGAGAAAAGCGAGGACUCAUGUGAGGACGAGAGGGCAAGAGAUCUGGAGGCGUCGCGGCGCGGAAGCGUUGCUCUGCAAGGGCGAGGCCAAGAGGUGGAGGGAGCCAGGGCAGAAGGCGGGAGUCUCCUGAGUGGGGAGAGCUCGAAGGAGAGAUGUGACGCAGGGACUGAAAGCGACGGCGACUCUUCGAAUGCGUCCGGGCGACACUCUAGUCCGGAGAGGCCUCUGAAGCGAGACAAGGUGAUGCGACUCGACCGCGAGAGCCCCCCUGAGGCCUCUUGUCAGACUGGGGCAGAGAGCGAGAACAAAAGCAUCACCAUCAUGGAGGCAUGCUUCUCCUCGGCUUCUUCUGUGCUUCGCCGAGAGUGCUGGUACUCCUCCAUGGCUCUUCCUUCGCUUCUCUCCACUCUGGACACUCUAGUAGACGAAAUUCUUCUCGGCCUCACUGGCCGCCCUCCGAACGAAGAUCGCCACAUCUGUCCAAUCUGCUUGGACGUCAUUGUCGACCCCGUCAUUCUCCGGGCCUGUUGCCACAGAUUCUGUAUCACCUGCCUCGCGGCAGCAGCCAUCAGCAGUCCAGCCAAGGGCGAACUUCCCAAAUGUCCGUCGUGUCGCACUUGCAUCGUCCCGGUGGACGACGAAGCCGCCGUGGCUGCCUCUCUCGGAACAGUCCGCGAGGACCGAGGAGGAGUCUCUCGGCUGACUUCGCCGUCAGGUGUGCCCGAGCCUGGAGGGCCGGGGACCUCCAGACCCACUGCGGAGACAGGCGUCCCCGGAGACUCUGCGGAGUCGGGGACGAGUGCGGGGGUCUUUCCUCGUGACGAAGAGGCGGUGGGGACCGGCCAGACCGGUGCGGAGACAGAGGAGACAGCUGGCCACGCAGCGGUGAGGGGCGCGGAGGAUCCAGGCGACUCUGGUCUGUCGCGAAUUCGCGACGACUCGGGAAACGAACCGACAAACACUGCCGCAGGAGGGGGGUCGGAACCCACCCGAGCAACACCGCAUCUUUCUUCUUCUGUUUCUUCUUCUCUUUCUUCUUCAGUGUCGGGUGCUGCUGCUGCGUCGAGUUCGGCAGCUGCGGGGUCUUCGAUCUCUUCGUUGAAGAGCAGCUCCCUCUCUGGUGGAAAACACGAGCCGCCGCUAGCAGAGGUGGCGCUCGAGGCUGGCGCAGGCGAAAAGAACGAGAGCAACCGGAAGGCGGCGGAGCUGCUGUCGCCGCCUCGCCGUGACGACAGCCCAAACAGCGGCGGACCUCCUGCCGCCGUGAGAGUUCAGGCUCACCAGAGUGGAGCGGAGGCCAGAGACAGCACAGACGCGUCAGAAGACGGACGAGGGGAAACCUGUCAGAGCAGAGCAGAGAAAUCGCAGGGACUCAACGAAGCCGGACCUGAAAGAGUCGCGGGUUUCUCUCCAGGGGGAGAAUGCGAGCGCGAAGGCAGGAGAAGACGCACGUGGGAAGUUGGAAGCCAAAGACCCGAAGCUCCCAACGUCGCCACAGAUGGAUCUGCUUCUAUAAGAAGCGAUUCGCCACAGUCUUUUCUUUCAUCUUCCUCUGCGUCUCCAAAGAGAAGCAGGUCAGCGGCGUCGUCGCCUGAUUGCUGCGUCUUCACUUCACGGGCAGACGCCUCGUCCACCUUGGACGAAGACGGCGAUCGCACAGGGCUCUUCUUAUCUUCUUUCUCUCCCGCUUCUGCCUCGUCGAGUGCCUCCAUGGCUUGUUCCUCUUCUUCUUCCGCAGGUUCUUCUGCUGCUUGUCCGUCGUCUUCUUCUUGUUCUUCUGCGAGUUCUUCUGCUGCUUGUCCCUCCUCCAGUUCUUCUUGUUCUUCCUCUCCUCCCGCUCUGUCGCCGUCGUUCGGGCUCUCGAACUUCUCUGUGCCUCCUCCGGGGUUGUGGGGAGGGCAUUUGCGAUCUCCGCCGGGACUGACACAUCCUCUGGAGGUUGAAGGAGAGAGCAAGGCUUCUUCUGCGGAGAAGAACGUCGGUUCCUGUCCUCGGCCCCUGGUGUCGCCGUUUUCUCCGCUUUCUUUUCCCUCGGAUUCCACCACCAUGACGGCUCCUUCCUUCGCUCUCUCAUCCUUCCAGGCUGCACCCCUCAGUGAUUCGCGGCCGCCCGUCUCGUGUUCCCUCCAGGGAGAGUCAUUCUCUUCUUUCGCCUCCCUGAGGGAUCUCCCCGACCGAGUCUGCAACGAGCAGCAGCCAGAAGAACCGACACAGGCGACGAACGCCGCCGCACUCCCCACACUCAGGUUUUCGCAUUCGCAUGCACCUCCGGCGACGGCCGCGUCGAUCGGAGAACGCGGGACCGUGUACGCCUCCGCCUCGCUGCUGCAGGGAGAGCGCCGGGAGUCGCUGGCGCGCGGCCUUGGAGGACCAGUGGCCAGCAAGCAGGAGAAUGGCGAGGGGACUGGGGCGCGGAAGUCGGGUCCGCUAGUCGGCUUCUCUGAGAGCCGCGAGUGUGAGGAAGGAAAGAAGGAGAUGGAGGAAGAAGUACUGCUGCACUUCCGAGAUGUUCGUCAGGUCCUCGUCCAGCACCAAGUACGAGAGGCACUCCAAGAGCUCCACGAGAGGCAGCAGCGUGAGGAUCAGUUCCGACUUCUGUCGCAGCUGCUGCUCUCCUCCGACGCGACCUCCGGGCCGGCUUCGCUCGAGGAAAUGCUGUGCCAGAAGGUCUCCAAGAAAGACGAAGUUUCCGCCUUCUCGCCACACCCGCCGUUCUCGGUUGCCUGCUCAUCUUCCGCGUCUCUCGCCUUCCCCGCCUUCUCGUCUCCGUCCUUUGCCUCCUCGCCCAGCCAGCGGGCGCCCGGCAGCGCGCGCCGUGGCGGACCGGGCCCGCAGAACGGAGACAGCGGCGAGGAGACAGCGGGGCGAGGGGGCGAAUUGCUGAGCUCGCGGUUUCUUGCCCUGGCGGGCGCACGCGAAGAGGAAGGCAGAGACGGGGCGAGAGGCGGAGACACUCAGGCCGGCAACGUGGCGGACUCCAUUGCGAGGCGGAAGCUUCAAGAGAACUCGCCUGCGACGAGUCUCGAGCUCCAGCAGGAGGAGCAUCUGUACAAUCAACUUUUGGUGCUGCAACUGUAUCUUCAGCAGCAGCGUUUCCUCGCUGAGCAGAGACAAUCGAUGAAGUCGUUGUCUUCGUUCGAGUCCCAGGCCGCGGACCUGAGUGCGGCUUCUCUUCCUCACUCUCAGGCGUUCCCGGCUCCUCCCGCCUCGACGCAAACCCACUCCGGCGUCGUCGCUUUAGUCGAGGAACUCAGAACCGCAGUGGCUGCGGCGACGGGCCUCGCCGGCGGCGGGGUGUCUCCUGUGUCUCCCUUCUCCGCGCCUGCGUUGUCUGUUUCUACUGCAGCUCCGGCAGUUGGUUUCUCCGGAGAGAGCGCGAAGCCGGAGAAGGCCCGAACGGCGGAGACGAUCGGGACCUUCUCAGAGGAGGCGCGCCGGUGCGCGGGAGGCUUGCUGAGUGGAGAGCGAGAGGACGAGAGGGCGAAGGAGAGGCAGCGCCUUCACUCAGAGAGGCCGAACAACUUCUCGUCACCCCAGGGGCCCAUGGUCUCUUGCAAGUCCAGCCACGAACUUGCGGGUCUGAACUUGGACGACUCGACUCUUGCACUCGCCCUGCUGCUUCAAGAGUUGCAGCGGGAGCGAGAAAGAGAAGAGAAGCCCCGCGCAGAGGAGAGGAAGGAGCCAGGGCGGUACUCGGCAGGGGACUAUCUCUGUCGGUCGUCGUUUUGUGGGGAGAACGGCGUCUCUCCUUCGCCCGACGAGGCGACUGCGACCCUCGAGGAGCGGGAGAAACAAGACGCGAUGUUUGCAGAAGGCCACUCUCGGGCUAGCGGCUUGUUUCUCCUCGGCGCGACUGGCCAAGUCUCCUAUCCGUAUUCAUCUUUCUCGCCUUACUCCCCGUCGGCCGGAAGCGCUGCGGCGAGACUUCAUGAGUCGUCGGGAGGCGGGAGGGCAGAAAAGGCCGAUCUAGGGUCGACCACCGGGGCCUCUGUGGGGGCGGGAGAGAGGAAGAAGGGGAGGAGAGCAGAGGCGUUCUCGAGGCUUCAAGAUGCUGGUCGUCGCCGUCGUUCUCUGGGAUCUGCAGACCGCAAACAGAAGCAAGAGCCUCCAUCGCCGUCCAACUUCCCAUCGCUCCCCGGUCAAGGCGGAUCGAGCAACGGCGGGCCAUCCGUCGUCGAGCGGACGGGGGACCUCGAGGACCCGAGCGAAGGAGCCUCGGGGCAGCGAAAGAAGGAGAAGAAGAGCGGGUCUCGCCACGCCGUGCAUGCAGAGACCAUUGACCGCGUCCGAGACUGUGGAGGGUGUGGAGAGAGAGUGAUGAGGGGCGAGAAAGGAGAAGGGUGGAGAGAGAAGAGCGUACCGUUCCUCUCCCAUGUGCCUCUGCCUCCGCCUCCGCCUGUCCCGCCGCCGCCACCGCGAGACUUGUCGUUCGAUUCGAGAGCCGUUCUUCCUCCCUUCGGAAGUCCGUUUGCUUCGCGUCACAUUCCUCACCCGCCUCCUCCCCCCGCGGGUCCGCCGUCGCCUCCUCCUCCGCCUCCGGCUUCGCCUCCACCUUCUCUGUCCCCAAGUGUCUCUUGCGUUUUCGCGGGUGUCCCUCUCCCGGCUUCGGCCUGCUCUCCAGGAAGUGCAGCGUUCGCGCCGCACCCGCCUCCUCUCCCCGAAGAUGGGAGAAGCUCUCGCUUUCUCGCCUCCUCGGUGCCGCACCAGGCUGUCAUGGCAGGGCUGCUGCCGCCGCCAGCUCAGGGGCCGUCGCCCCUCGCCGUCUUGUCGACGCUGUCUAAGCAGCGAGCCGCUGUCUUAGCAGUCGCGCCGUCGGAGCCGAGUGGACGACCCGGAUUUCUCGCUCCCAACUCCACAAAAAACGGUGCCUUCUACUCUCCGCCAGGCCCCGCCUCUGCGGCCUUCCCUCAAGCGGGUCCGGCAGGUGGGGGGAGCGGUCGAAAAGAAGAGGCGAGGGACAGGUAGCAGACGCGAGACGGGAAGCUGGUGGAGAGAACCUUUCGUCGCGUUUCAGAGAGACGCGGCUCUUCGCGGACUCUCCCUUGCCCCGCUGUUCCACGGCGAUGUCUUCUCGUCAUGCAACAGAGCUCGAGUCACCAGGUUUUUCGUGGCGCAAGGGCGCAAGGAGAACGAGGGACACUGAAAGGCGAGGAGAGACACAGAAUUAGGUGGAGUGAAGAACAGAGACAGAAAAUGCCUCGAACAGAAACGGGGAGAACGAGACAGACGGGUGAGAUGGAGACGAUUUGAGAAGCGAAGAAGAAGAGAGACUGAGAGACAGCGGAGCGACUGGCUGCACAUGGAAAUUGUUUUUUAACGAACUUGUAUAAACUGAGGAAACUUUACAUGGCGUUUGAGGAAAAAGCAGCACGACGUUCCAGAGCUGAAACAAGGCGCGUCUCGCUGUUGCUGUCCUGUUUUCUUUUUUUAAAUCUGCCAUGAUGAAGAGUCUGGCAGCAACGAGCCAGGCUGUGUGUGGCUGCGUGCUUCACCGCCUGUCUUCGCUGCUUGUCUGGUCGUCAAAAACGCGUUUCUGCCGGAAUAGAUGCACACCUUUGUAAAUGUGCUGUGGCGAUCAAUUUGCAUCUGUAGACAAGACCCUGAGUCUGUGUGACUGUCGACAGGGGCGCGUUUUUUCCGUGUGCAUAUGAGCGUGCUGGAGCAUGCGUCUGCAUGCAUGAAUGCGAUGCGCGAGAAAAUCCAUUUUCAGCGGCGCGGGCUCUGACGACCUAACGGAAGGAGCGGUUUUGUAUUUUCAUGUUGCUGCUGCAGAGGUGCUCCCGCAGUCGUUUAUGUCAUCCGAGGCCGAGAAAAACGCGGUUGUUGCUUCCGAUAGGUGACGGAAAGCAGAGGGCGUUUUUGCGGCCAGCCAUCUCCCAGUCGGAGACCCGUGUGUACAUUCUUGUCUAUUUUUCCUUCACACUUUUAUCGCCGACGGAGAGCAUUUUUCCCAUUUUCUCCGUCACUUGCAGGCGAACAAAUGCGGUUCAUCUAGUCCAGACGCAGACACGGCGUUUUUCAGAGACCUGCGCCUCUCGUGUACAUUUCUUUCAAUCAGGUUUCCAAUCCACCGCUCCUAGCAACCACGUGUACAUACACAUCGUGCAAGUGCGUGUGUGGGGGGAACAUCUGCGUGCAUGUGCGUGGUUUCCUCCCGGCAAUGUACGAUAUUUCCUGUAUAGGCCAUUUGUAAGCGUUUUCCGCAGUCGUUAAACCUCGUUUUUGCAACGUCUGAGAGAAACAGCUACUUGCCGACGCCAUUCACCUGGUCCGUGUUUAUAUCAGGACAGAGAGACAUGCACACAGGAGCACGAGGCAGGCCGCGAAGUCCUGAAACUAGCUACAAACGCAACGCCUAAAAAAGUGAUUAUAAGUAUGCAGUGAGCUACAUAUGCCGGCC